AUGGCAAAUGCUUCUGGCUUGUUUUCUACUCCCUCGGUUCCUAACUUCACUCUAAGGGUUCGCCCUUUCUCUUCAAUUCAUCGAUUUCAAGGUUUCUCCACCAAAGUUUUUUGCUCUGGAACUAUCGAAGGAGCUCAAGACUAUGCUUCCCCAACCCAAUCUCGAAUACCCAGGCUUGUAAGUCAAGGGUGUAAGUUGGUUGGAUGUGGUUCUGCUGUGCCAGCUCUUCAGAUUUCGAACGAAGAGCUUUCAAAAAUUGUUGAUACUAAUGAUGAAUGGAUAUCUGUUCGUACCGGGAUUCGAAGACGACAUGUUCUUUCCGGUGGAGAUAGCUUGAUAACAUUAGCGGCAGAUGCGGCUAAGAAAGCGCUUGAGAUGGCAAAGGUUGAUCCGGAUGAUAUUGACCUUAUAUUGAUGUGCACGUCGACACCAGAGGAUCUUUUUGGGAGCGCUCCGCAGAUUCAAAAACAACUUGGCUGCACGAAAAACCCAUUGUCUUAUGAUAUUACGGCUGCUUGUAGUGGAUUUGUAUUGGGUUUAUUAUCAGCUGCUUGUCACAUUAGGGGGGGUGGAUUUCGUAAUGUUCUAGUUAUCGGAGCUGAUGCUCUUUCACGAUAUGUUGAUUGGACAGACAGAGGAACCUGUAUUCUUUUUGGUGAUGCUGCUGGGGCUGUAGUAGUACAGGCAUGUGACAGCGAGGAAGAUGGUUUAUUCGGUUUUGACGUGCAUAGUGAUGGUAAUGGUAUAAGACAUUUGAAUGCUGGUAUUAAAGAAAACGAGUCAAAUAACGCAUUGGAUUCAAAUGGUUCUGUGCGGAGUUUUCCUCCCAAGCAGUCGUCAUAUUCGUGCAUUCAAAUGAAUGGAAAAGAAGUCUUUCGGUUUGCUGUUCGAUGUGUGCCUCAGACGAUCGAAUCUGCCCUUGAAAAGGCUGGUCUCCCUGCGUCUAGCAUUGAUUGGUUACUUCUCCAUCAGGCAAACCAAAGGAUUAUCGAUGCAGUUGCGACACGGUUAGAAAUCCCUUCAGAACGGGUCAUAUCAAAUUUAGCUAACUACGGUAACACAAGUGCAGCUUCCAUUCCUCUGGCGUUAGAUGAAGCAGUAAGAAGUGGAAAAGUUAAAGCAGGCCAAACUAUUGCAGCUGCUGGUUUCGGCGCUGGUCUUACUUGGGGUUCGGCAAUUGUUCGUUGGGGCUGA